AGUAAGAUACUGAAAACAGAAUUAUCGGCAGGAAGAAUUCCGGACAUUGUUAGAGAGCAAGAGAGAAAGAUGGGGCAGUCAAGGUCAUCGUCAUGUUCAAUAGUGUUGAUGUUAGUAGUAACAUUGAUCAUGGUAAUGGUAAACGAGAGUCAUUCAGCAGGAAGGGAAUUUACAAACAGACACAGGAAAAAACCAAAUAAAAUCAACUACGCAGACGCUUUAACGAAGAGUAUUUUAUUUUUCGAAGGACAACGAUCAGGAAAAUUACCUGGAAAUCAAAGAAUGGCAUGGAGGAAAGACUCUGCUGUCUAUGAUGGUUCAUUAGUCGGGGUUGAUCUAUCGGGAGGAUACUACGAUGCCGGGGACAACGUCAAGUUCAAUUUUCCGAUGGCGUACACAACGACAAUAUUAGCCUGGAGUAUAUUGGAGUUCGGCCAACUAAUGGGUUCUGAUCUACAACAUGCCAUAGAUGCAAUAAAAUGGUCAACAGAUUAUUUCAUUAAAUGCACGAAUAACCCCGACUUGAUUUAUGUUCAAGUUGGGGAGCCUUAUAGUGAUCAUAACUGUUGGGAUAGGCCAGAGGAUAUGGACACUGAUAGAAUGGCAUAUGCUAUUAACGCGACCCAUCCUGGCUCUGAAGUUGCAUCAGAAAUGGCUGCUGCAUUAGCAGCUUCCUCCAUUGUCUUUAAAUCUAUCAACCCUGCUUACUCUAAAACACUUCUUGAUAGGGCAACACAGGUUUUUAACUUUGCAAAUACUUACCAAGGAAAUUAUAAGGACAGCUUGCCGAAUACUGUUUGCCCCUUCUAUUGCGAUUUUAGUGGUUUCCAGGAUGAAUUGGCCUGGGGCUCUGCAUGGCUAUACAAGGCUACACAUGAUCCUGUCUAUUUGAAUUUCCUCAACACGAAUAUAAAAAGAUUGGAGUCGGAAAAUUACGUUAGUUAUGCUGAAUUUGGUUGGGAUAACAAAGAAGCUGGCAUCAACAUACUCACUACCAUUCAACUGCUUUCGAAAGGAUCGUCACUCUCCAAGCAUUUAUCCAACGAUGGACAGGAAUACCGCUUCAAUGCUGAUAGAUUUGUUUGCAGCAUAUUGCCUGAAAAUCCCACGAGCGUAAAUUAUUCUAGAGGUGGGCUAAUUCAUAAACCUGCAGGAAGCAACAUGCAAAAUCCAGCAGCGAUUUCUUUUAUUACUCUUGUCUAUGCUGUCCAUUUAGAUCGUGCCAAACAAGCCGUACAAUGUUCCGACGGAACUACUGUUACUCCACAAAGAAUGGUUGCCAUUGUCAAGAGCCAGGUGGAUUACAUAUUGGGAAAUAAUCCAUUGGGUAUGUCAUAUAUGGUAGGAUAUGGUAACAAGUUCCCAACUAGAAUACAUCAUCGUGCAUCUUCAGUACCGUCGCUCGACCAAUAUCCACAACGAAUGCACUGUAAAGAUGGGACACCGUACUAUGAAACCUCAAAUCCUAACCCAAAUUUGUUGAUAGGAGCUGUUGUUGGAGGACCUGAUAUCAUGGAUCAAUAUGCGAAUUCUCGACAAGAAUUUUCUGCAUCUGAACCUACAACUUACAUUAAUGCACCUCUCACCGGGCCAUUUGCUUACUUUGCUCAGAAUACAAAGAGAGAGAAAAUAGAGAAAGAUAAAGAAAAAGAGAGACAAACAAUGGGGUGGUGGUCUCCAUAUAUAUUUCCGAUAGUUUGUAUGUUUUUGAUAGUAUCAGUCAUGGGUGUGGUGAGAAAUCCUGCUGCAAAUGUUGAUAUUAACGUAAUCAAUGGCCACCACCACCAUAAUUAUAAAGAAGCAUUGACAAAGAGUAUAUUGUUCUUUGAAGGACAACGUUCAGGAAAAUUACCAUCAACUCAAAGAAUGAAAUGGAGGAAGGAUUCCGCUGUUAAUGAUGGCCAAUAUGCUGGUGUUGAUCUAUCUGGAGGGUAUUACGAUGCAGGCGACAACGUAAAGUAUAAUUUUCCCAUGUCAUUCACAACAUCACUGUUAUCAUGGAGUGUGAUAGAAUUUGGAAAAUUCAUGGGUUCUGAUUUACGCUAUGCUAAAGAGGCAAUUCAAUGGGCAACUGACUACUUGCUCAAAUCAACGGAAACACCUGGUGUGGUUUAUGCUCAGAUCGGAGACGCUAACAUUGACCAUAGUUGUUGGGAAAGGCCCGAGGAUAUGGACACUGAUCGAACCGCUUUUGCUGUUAACCAAACCCAUCCCGGCUCUGAGGUAUCGGCUGAGAUUGCCGCUGCUCUUGCAGCUUCUUCCAUUGUCUUCAGAUCUUCAAACAUGUCAUAUUCCCACAUACUCUUAAGGAGGGCUAAACAGGUCUUUAAAUUUGCUGACACAUACCGAGGAUCUUACAACGAUAGUCUUGGGAAAUAUGUUUGCCCUCACUACUGCGAUUAUGGAGGUUAUAAGGAUGAAUUGUUAUGGGCUGCUUCAUGGUUAUACAAGGCUUCAAAUGAGAGGAGGUAUUUCGACUAUGUUAUGAGGAAUAAACCUAAAACUACAGAGAUCGCGAUUAACUGGGAUGCUAAGGGCGCUGGUACCAACAUGCUUAUGUCCAUUGAAUCGAUGAGAAAGAGAAGUGAAAUAUGGGAUGAGCAUGCUAAGGAAUCUUUCAGAAUUAAAGCCGACGAAUUUGUUUGUUCUAUCGUACCUGAAUCACCAAGUAAAACAGUCGAAUACUCGCCUGGUGGUUUACUAUUUGAAUUAGGAGGAUGCAACUUGCAGAAUCCAACAGCAAUAUCACUUUUGUUGCUUGCAUAUGCUCGCUAUUUGAAUGAAGCAGACGAAUCUGUACGCUGUGGCAAUACAAUUGUUGCUCCGUCGAGAUUGAUUCGCCUUGUUAAGAGCCAGGUGGACUAUAUAUUGGGACACAAUCCGAUGAACAUGUCUUACAUGGUAGGAUAUGGCAAGAAGUAUCCAAAUUUUAUACACCACAGAGGAUCAACAUUGCCGUCAAUGGAUGAACAUCCGGGAAGACUGAAAUGCCAAGAUGGGAGUCCUUAUUUCAAAAGUUCAAAACCCAAUCCUAAUGUGCUGGUAGGAGCUAUAGUUGGAGGACCGGCCUUAAAUGAUUCGUACCCAGACACUCGUUGGUUACCUUAUUAUUCAGAACCAACAACUUAUGUAAAUGCUCCUUUUGUUGGUGUUUUGGCUUACUUUGUGCACCAUCACUGAUAUAAAUAAAUUGGUAACCUAAAAAAUGUUGGUUUAAAUGAAUUCAUAUAUAUAUGUUAUGU